GGCUGACUAUCACGUUAUAUGUGACACCUAAUUUCCACAUUAUAUUCCGAGGGAGACACGCAAUGUCUUUAUUAAGACCUAAAAAAUAUUAAAAGGAGGGCAGUUAAUGGGUUAUUUUUCUGGGUGUGUACCCCGCUGCAAUACCCCGUCUGUCCGGUAGGUGUCGCGGUCUGCCAACAGGCAGAGCUCUGCUUCCCAGACGACUUUUUUUUUUUUUUUGGAAGCUGUACAUUGACUCAGGCCUAACGAUUCUGAGAUCGUCAUUAUUUGUAACCAUAGAGCAUGAAUUACCUCUUGAGGUCAUCAGUGAGAAUUUACGACUGGUCAACAAAAGCACGUGAUUUCCAAACGCACUCACACCCCCAUAUUUGGCCGCAUACAUAGCAAAAACGAAGUACAGUGCAUUGCUAUAAUUCAUUAAUACAUCAUAAAUCGUGAGGCGCGGGGUGAUCCACAAAUCAAGCCUCCAAAAUUCACCCAAAUGAGUUCCUACUUUGUGAACUCGUUCUCAGGGCGCUAUUCUAAUGGCCCCGACUACCAUGUGUUAAAUUAUGGCACCGGCGGCAGCAAUGUGAACGGUUCUUACAGGGAGGCAAGCAGCAUGCAUCCCACCUCUUACGGUGCUUACAACUACAAUGGCAUGGACCUGAGCGUCGGCCGGGGGAGCGCUACCGGCAGCGGCGGCGCCGACAGCAGCCACCACUAUGUGGAGAGCAGCGGAGGCUUCCCAGCCCAGGGAAGCAGGUUCAGAGCCGCCUCUGGCUGCCCCCUUUCCUCCCCAGAGCCCCAGAGCCUCGGGGGGAAGAGCGAGCAGGUCCCCCCUGACCCGACCACCUCCGGCGGCGGCCACUUCACGGAGGUGGAGGAGACCAGCGCGUCCUCAGACCCGGAGGAAGCCGCCCCGAGAGCCUCCCGGGCACAGCAGGAGAGCAGCCCCCCCGGAGCGACCACCGCAGACGGACAGGCUCCCCAGAUCUUCCCCUGGAUGAGGAAGCUGCACAUCAGUCACGAUGUGUCAGGUCCGGAUGGGAAGCGGGCAAGGACAGCCUACACCCGUUACCAGACCCUGGAGCUGGAGAAGGAGUUCCAUUUCAAUAGAUACCUGACCCGCAGGAGACGCAUAGAGAUCGCACACGCCUUGUGUCUGUCCGAGCGCCAGAUCAAGAUCUGGUUCCAGAAUCGGAGGAUGAAAUGGAAAAAGGAUAAUAAACUGAAAAGUAUGAGCCUGGCCACAGCAGGGAGCGCCUUCCAGCCCUGACAGUGAGGGGCGAGGAGGCCAGGACUGCACUCUCAUCUGGGACACCUCUAGUGGCACUUGCUGGGCACCUCCAGGAGGACAAUGGCGGCUCCUGCCCAGGAUCCCCCCAUCUUUUCAUCAUUUCUAGCUGUGUACAGUGCGCUCAGUCGCUGUGAUGUUCCAUGUUUGUGACUGUAAAAUUACUGCUGCUUUGUAUGGACUACAUGGCAUGUUCAUCCAGCUCCUUAGUGGUCUAACUUAUUUAUAACUGAUGAUGAUGAUGAGAAUAAAACGAUGUUGAAUGGUUUACAGGUCUCUUUCUUUUCCAGGUCAGAAACCCUCUUGCAUUGUGUUAUUUCAGUGUCAGCUCCGUGUUCUUGAUAGUUUUUUUGUGUGUUUGUAUUGUUCUCUUAUGACAAGGUGUCACCCCUGUGAAGUGUUGGGGGAGUGAGUGACAUGUUUUGUCUGUUGGCGGUACCUGUAUUGUCUGUCUGCCUGGA